AUGGCGUCCGUCAAACCUGACGUGCAACUCUACUCUAGCGGCAUCAAUCCGAAUGCAUGGGUGAAAGACACAGAGUUCUGGUCACAGGACGGGAACGUCGUGCUGUUUGCUCAGGGCCGUGGGUUCCGAGUGCGCCACGAUAACCUCAUGUUUCAAUCCGAGGUCUUGGAGGACAUGUACAAUUCGGCUUUUCUGGAUACUGCUGCCUACAUUGAGGGCUGCCCUGUGGUGCAUCUACAGGGUACUUCAUGGGAGGUGUGGUCGUUGUUGGCAAUGAUAUUGCACAAGAAGGAACCGCUACGUUCUGACAUCGUGUGCGGCGCAGUGCGGCUCGCACACAAAUACAACAUUUCGAAAUUGUUGAAGGCGGGCCUCAAGCGUCUCAAGUCUUUCUUUUGCGAGGACUUGGCUACUUGGCGGUCGGUGUUCUCCAAAAUGCACAGCGGCCUCAUUCUGGUCAGAUUGUGCGACGCUAUAGCAGUCGUACACGUCGCCUACCUCACCAACACGCCGUCUCUACUUCCUACGGCACUAUUCGUGUGCACGCUUCUGCCUGUCAGCACACUCAUCGAUACAACCACUGCUCUCUCUGAGCACGAGAAACUGCGACCAGACCUGCUCAUCAAGUGCCUCGAAGCCAAGGCCUUCUAUGCUCGAGACGCCGUAGUGGUGGCCGCCCGACUUUUCAGUCUGUGGUGCACGCACAAGCCGACAGCACGGAGCUGUGGGUGCCAGAGUUUCAUUGCGGGCUGGUAUGACAUCGGUGUCACGCGUCUUAUGGACGUUGAACGUCGGAUUGAGACGACGAAAUAUGUCGAUUCGCAGUACACCGCCUUCGGCGGGUGGAAGGAGCACAUCACCGAGUGGAUGGAUAAUCGCAUGCCGUCAGAGUCGAUUCCGGUACCGUGUCGGGAAUGUGGAACAGAGCUGCUUGCGAAAGAGAACGAGGAGUGCUGCCGAGCAUGGCAGGAAUUACCUGAACGGUUCGGUCUGUCGGAGGCUCUCCCCAACUGGGCCUACGAGCUAGGUGGACGUCGUGGUGUUGACUAUUCCUUCACUUGGCUAUAUCGUGCCUAG